AAUAUCCGUACAAAAUGGCUACCAGUGGAGGCAAGGCUGCUGUUCGUCUCGCAAUACAGAAGGAGGUAUUCACUCCAGCAGAGGAGCGACUCCUUGGACUUGCUGCCGUCUCUAAACCAGGGAGGAGGAAGAAGACAUCAUAUCUCUGCGUUUCUGGUAAUCCCCAGGAGAAGCCUCCUGUAGUUUAUUUGAGUCGUAUCAAACAAGACGACCAAAGGAAGGACAAGCAGGGCCUCUACAGAAGAGUAAAGAAAUGGGAGCUCUCGGAGCUGAGACUUAUAGAUGGAAAGAGCGCUGAUACUGAGGUUCCUGAAUUUGAUCUCCAUUUCGAGAAGACUACCUUCAAAUGGGUUGCCAGCAAUGUAGUAGAGAAGAAAGCUUUUGUCGUCUGUCUCUAUAGAAUGGCUCACAAAUAUCUGCCACGUAACAAGCCAGAGUUUGUCCAUUUUGAUGAGGAGAGACUCCACGAGUUAUUAGCCACUGCUGAAGCCGGUGGUAGAGGGAGAGAGAUUGAGGAGGAAGCAGUUCAACAAGAGGAUUAUCAGGAAUUAUCCGAAAAGGAACAAGAGGAUCUUGAGAAGCUCCUCAAAGAGGAAGAGGAGAAGACCGGGGGUCAGUCUGGGAUCCAGAACAUCGAAGCAUUCACUGAGAACCUUUCACAGCAGCUCUCUAACCUGGACGAGGCUAACAUCCACACAUUGAUGGACUCUGAGACACAGAUACACACUCUAAUGAAAUCCAUUGACAAUACUACGAUAGAGAUUGGGCAAACAGAGUUAAAACUUGCAGUGUAUGAUGAGUUACUGAUGGACGUGAGGUCUAAUAUGUCUAAACUAACCAAAGACUACUCACGAAUAAUGAUACUGGAUAGAAACUUGAAGGCACUUCUCUCUCAAGUUGAAGAAAUAGUUGAGAAGCUUUACUUAGAGCCAAGAGUGGAGAGGAUACUAUCCUCAGCUUCAUUCCAUGAUGAGCAGAACAUAAGAGAAUGUACUGAGUCAGUGAAAAAGCUCCACAAUGUCAUGAGACAGGAGUUGAGUCAAGGGGUUCAGGUCAUGCAGGCUGUCACUGAUCAGAACGCUCACUUUUCCAGACUCUCCUUCUCUUUUGGUGCACGGCUUAAAGAUCACCUUUGUACCACUUUUUCUCAAAAGUCCACAUUAUUGUUAAGCGAGCUUACCCAGCGCUCCACCAGUAACCUUCCCUCCUUAUCGGCUCACAUUCCGUUGCAUCGUGACCUUAGACUCUACACUGAACUGACCCACUGGAUGAAAGAGUGCGAGAAUUCUAAAUUCGUUGAAGUCUGUGAAGCCUAUUGUAUAGAGUUUCAGAAAGUCUACGAUAGCGAGAUUAAAGCUUUCAUGGCGGACAUUAAGUCUCAUUUCAGUCGCACCAUUGAUCCUCGUAAAGGUGGUGGGAGUCCAGCCAUCGGGGGCGGAGCUCUUUCAAAGUUUGCUGGCUCUCAGGCUGAUCUAUCGCAUCGUGGCAGUAACCUCAGUUUAAACUCUCCGUCCAUUCGAGGCAUGUCUGCCUCCUUGCUGGAUUUCUCUAUGACCAGCCAGACCUCCCUAGCAACUCCAGAUCCUAGCAAGCCAAGGUUUGAUCAGGUUUUUAUGUUGGUCCUGGAGCAGUUGCAGCCUCUUUGUGUCUCAGAAGAAAAGUUCUGUACGACUUUCUUUCACUUUCCAAGACAAGAAGAAUCCGAAGGAUCAUCUCCUCCAACUUCAAGACGUACUGAAGGUGAUACUGAAGAUGGCGGAAGAGCUGAUGAAGGCGUGGAGGAGUACGAUGGGAGUAUGAGAGACUUCUUUGGUUUGAUGACAAAAAGGAAUCCGGACAAGUCACACAUGCUAGAUGUUGGUUUGAUGGCGCGAGGACUGGUGGGAUUCAUGCAGCACUUGUUUGGCUGCUUGUUGAAGGAAUUGGAGUCACUCAUUCAGUUUGGGGAGAAAGUGGAACCAUUUAAUUCUUUAUAUUUGUUGGUUGCUGUCAGCCAGAGGGUAAUGUUUGCUCAAGAAGGUGGCAAGUUGUCUUAUUUGGAUAAUUGUUUGGCAAGUUCAUGUGUCAUCCUUAAAAGACUCUUUAACAAACUAGUGACUAGUAGAGAGAAGGCCAUUAAAGAGUGCAAGGUUCCUCGUAAAAGUGGAAAGUGUGGAGUCAUUCCGAGCGUCCGUGAGUUCAUGAGGUUUGCCGAAAAGGCCGAGAGCAUCGUCAUGGGAACCGACCGUCGCUCUGAGCUCGAUCAAGCAUAUAAAACUCUAAUUAAUGCCCUUUUUGACUGCAUCAAUCGCCUCUCUGAAGAGCACCCUAAAACGCCUAGAAAUGUCGUACUACUGGAGAAUUAUUAUCAAGUAUAUGACAACCUGAGCCAAUUGAAGAUAUCCUGCCUGGAUCAGGAGAGAGAGGAAGCUAAGAAGAGAUACCGUCUCCAUCAGCAGCAGUACGUCAUUACUUGCCUCGGGAAACCCCUCGACAAACUAAGCACCUUUUUUGAGGGAGUUGAGAACCUCCUCGGGUCCGGAGUGAAGCCGGAACAGAUUGGGUUCUAUAGUCAUUAUAAUAAAACUGAGUUAGUCAAGUGUAUCCAGAGCUAUCCUGGGAAAGAGGUUAAGAAAGGUCUAGAGAAGUUGUACAAAAGAUGUGACAAGGAUCUUAGCGAGGAGUCGGGGAGACUGAGGGUUGUGUGGGGGGCAAUGCAGGAAGCAUUCAUCAAUCAGUACGAUCACUUCACCAAACUAAUGGAGAAAUGUUAUCCAGGGGCUAACAUGCAGCUGGAAUUCAAACUAGCCGAUAUUAUAGAGUAUUUCCGUUCUAUCUCCGACGAUAAGUAGAGCCUGUUGCUAAUAAUUGCGGGAGACAUUUCUUCGUGUUUUUCUUUUCUUUCCGUUCAAAAAGACAAUUUUUAUUGCUCAUUUGUGUGUGUUGAUUCUAGUUUUAAUUGAAAUAUUCUUUAUAUUAUCAUAAUAAUAAUAACAAUAAUAA